AUGUCCGCAGCAUGCCGCCUUGUGGAGAAGGCAGGUGCAGCUGAAGCGACUGGCUGGCUGCGCGGGCACAAGCUGCGCCAUGGGCCUCCGGGCGUUCCUGCGACCGAGAUCCAGGUCAGAGAGGCGAUGACGCCACACCUGGCAGCCUUGCAGGAGGGAGUACCGGGCAACCGCGGGGUCGUGUGGGAGAUCGGUUGGAGUCCGAGGACUCUGCGUGCACAUGUAAGCAGACUAUCACUCGUCAUCGGAGGAAGUGUCGGACAGCUGCCAGGCACAUCCCUCAACUCGCUUUCAGAGGCGGUGGACAACAUCACUGCGGGUCUUGGUGGAGCCUUGACGACGGCCUGUUUGGACACGUCGGUCGAGCACAACGAAGUGCUUGAGGAGCAGGAUGCGGACUUGGCAGAUCCACUUGUCGACGGUGGCGCUGUCAAAGACGGCUCCGAUGGCCAGCGCAAGCCGAGCCGCAUCACUUUCGAAGGGUUAGAGCAGCAAUCUGGGUGUGACGAGCCAGCAGCGCCCGACACAAGUGACGAGGAGAUGCCUAUGGCACGGCAAAGAACCGGUUGUGGCCUUGGAGGAUGCGGUGUCGAGAAGCAGAAGAUGAGCAUUGCGAAUUUCCGGAGGCGCGCAGACGCCCUCGACGUUGGCGAGUACUGGGCCGCAGAAACUGCUGCAAAGAAGGGGAAGACCUCCAUUGACUCCAUCGUGGCUCUGGUGCAAGCUGAGAGGGAACGAUGGGACGAGGAGAAGGAGGCCUUGGAAGCCAACAUGGAGGAACUCAAGGAGAAACUGCGGUCUAUGCAGGCGGCGCGAAGCCCCGAUGCAGAGAAGCAGGCCCUGAAGCGCGAGCACCAGGAGUUGCGCAAGGUAAUCAAAGCGCGAAGUCGAUUUGGUGCUUGGGUGUGUGAACGACACAUGAAGGAAAGUGAAGAUGAGGAGACGGAUACGGAAAAGGAGGCGUUGCGACGCAAGAUCUCGGAUCUCUUUGUGAGACUCCGUGCAGCGAGAGCGGCGGCGGGCGCGGCCUCCAGCGAGUCUGAUGUUUCACCCACCAGAAGGUGUCCCGGUCCGACGAUUCGCCGAAGGCAGUGA